UUUACAUAACACUCUGCUUUAUAAAAAGGCACACUGCAGUGAAAAGUGGCAGCAGCAUCGUUGGAGCAGUUUAAUUCUUCAAGUUUCUCUUAUCGAAAAAUGGGGCUCCACAUAUUUUACCUGCUGGGAGUGAUUACAGUGGCUGGUUUCACUGAUGCAUCAUCUAUGAAAGCCAAAAACCUCGCUCUCUAUGGAAAAGCCACACAGUCAACCUUGGUUAAUAACCCCUGGGCUCCAUACGGUCAUGCCUACAAUGCUAUAGAUGGAAAUACUGAUUCGAACUAUGACCACGGGUCAUGCACCGCCACAGAGUGGCAUCAGAACCCCUGGUGGAGGGUGGACCUUCUGGACGAGUACACAGUGACCUCAAUCACCAUCACUAACAGAGCAGACUGCUGUCCAGAGAGGAUCAACGGAGCUGAGAUACGCAUUGGAAACUCUUUACUCGACAACGGAAACAGCAACCCAUGGGCUGGGGUGAUCCCAAGCAUCUCUACAGGGAACUCCAUCACCUUCAACUUUGAGAAAGGCAUUUCAGGUCGCUACGUUAACGUGGUCAUCCCCGGAGAAAAACGGCUUCUGACUCUCUGUGAGGUGGAGGUCUACGGCUAUCCCACUCCAAGCGGAGAGAAUGUAGCGCUGAAUGGAAAAGCUACACAAUCCAGCCUUUAUAGUACUGGUUUUCCAUCCAACGCCAUUGAUGGAAACCGAGAUAGUGUGUACACUCACGGUUCCUGCACACACACGGAUAAUGACCUCAAUCCAUGGUGGAGGCUGGACCUGCUGAAACAGCACAAAGUGUUUUCUGUAACCGUCGUUAACACGGUGGAUAAUGUUCCUGACACACUCAAGGGAGCUGAAAUCAGAAUUGGAGACAGUCUGGACAACAACGGCAACAAUAACCCGAGUUGUGCGGUGAUCUCAACCAUUGAUAAAGAGACUCCGAUCAUGUCCUUUGAGUGUAACGGGAUGGAGGGCCGGUACAUCAACAUUGUGAUUCCAGGAAGGAAGGAGUAUCUCAUUCUGUGUGAGGUGGAGGUGUACGGAGCUCCUCUGAUCUGAAGAACCUCAUCUGGGUUUUUGUUAUUGCAGUGCGAUGUUGAUCUGUUUCAUUUCUCUACCAGCUUUUACACUAUGAAACAACUUUUCUUGUAUUUUUUGUAUGUAAACUUGUAUUUUCUUAAGUCAAAAUAACUUGUGGAGGCAGAUUUGCUAAAAAAGGCACUAAUUAAUGGCAACACUGACCCUGCACUGGUGUGCAUGACCAGUGAAGUGGGUUAUCUACUAAGAACUUGAAACACAGCCACUAAUUCUAAAACAAAAAAUGAAAAAAAAACCAAAAAGUAUCUGCAAAACUGUACAGGAGAAAACAACAACAUUCUUUACCUUUAAUGUAGGUUAAUGUAAAGAGGUUUUAUUUAAAGUCAUUUUCAAGCAUUUCUAUUGGUCCACUCAUCAUAAAACUAUCACCACAAAUCCCCCAAAAUGGAGAUUUUUUUUUUUUUGGACAGCCCCCUGUUUUGUCUUCUGCCAAGUAGGAAAAAUAAAAGUUGUGCUUCUUUGAUUCCAGUCCAAAUUGCAACUCAUUGGGUUGAAAGAAUGGCCUAUUUUUCUGUGUUAC